AUGACCCGCACGCUUCGUAUCGCAGCAGCACAGGUAGGCGCCGUGCAUCGCAGUGACGACCGCCAACAUACCUUAUCACGACUCAUCGCAUUACUCGAAGAUGCCGCUUCCCAAGGCGCACAAAUAGCCCUAUUCCCCGAGUGCACUUUUACAACAUUCUUCCCUCGCUACCUCAUCACCGACAAGGAGGAGCUUGAAUCAUUUUUCGAACACGGUGACAUCACCACGGCAGAUAGCACCAAGGGUAUUUUCGAAAAGGCAAAAGAGCUAGGCGUAGACAUCUGCAUUGGGUUUGCAGAAGCAACAGACGAGAAUGAGUAUUACAAUACUUGUGUCUACUACCAUGCCAAGUCCGGAUCUGUGCUAUCAAAGUACCGCAAGGUACAUUUACCGGGAGACGUUGAACCCUUUUCCGACCCGGAUGCUGUCAACCAAUUGGAAAAGCGAUAUUUCAAGCCUGGGAACCUGGGUUUUCGUGCAUUUCGUGUGCCUGAUCUAACAGUAAACACGAUUGGCCAAGGGGAACCAAUACUCGGGAUGAUGAUAUGUAAUGAUAGACGGUGGGCAGAAGCAUGGCGAUGUCUUGGUCUCCAGGGCGUAGAAGUAGUGUUUGUAGGAUUCAACACUCCAGGUUACGCGCCGCACAUGUGGGGCACGGAUUCAAGCCCACAGGAAGCACAUGCUGAUGCUAUCUUCCAGCACAAGUUGGUCAUGCAGGCGCAUUCAUACACGAACUCUUGCUUCUCAGUUAGCGCGGCUCGAUGUGGUUUGGACGAUGGCAAGUAUGAUCUUGUAGGUGGUUCGACAAUCGUUGGGCCUGAUGGAAAGAUCAUAGUCGAGAGUCAGACGGAGGAAGACGAGGUAAUCAUUGCAGACUGUGAGCUCGAUCGGUGCGUGCCUGGCAAAACACGAACAUUUGAUUUCGCCAGACAUCGACAAACAGAACACUAUAGCAUCUUGACUUCACAAACAGGCGUAAUCGAGCCACCCAGACUCACGGCACCAGACAACAACAACAACAACAACAACAAGAAGAGUGGCCCAACAAACGGCACUCACACAGUAGAAAUACAAUCCAUAACCGGCAUCCCUUCACCCCGCCAAAUCCGCAUUCUCCUCUGCAACCCCAACGCCACAUCCUCAAUAACAAACGCCUGCCUAGCCAUGCUCAAACCAACCCUUCCCCCGGACGUCACAGUCGACGGCUUCACGGCACCCCAACCCGCACCCUCUGCCAUCGAGGGCAACUUCGACAACAUCAUGUCGGCGGCAGCAGCAGCCCGAGCAAUCAUACCCAUAGCCCACCAAUACGACGCCUUCCUUGUCGCAUGCUACAGCGACCACGCCCUAACCAAGAUGCUAAGAGAAGAAGUAUCCCAGCCCGUCAUGGGCAUAAUGGAAGCAUCUCUAUAUGCCGCUCGUACACUCGGCAACCGCUUUGGCAUCAUAGCGACAUCGCAACGCUCACGGCACACGCUCGCCGACGCCGUGAGAAACUACGGUUUAGAUGCUUUUUGCGUGGGCGUGCGCAGCUGCAACGUGGGCGUGCUGGAGUUGGAGACGAAAGCUGAACAAGAGGUUGCAGCCACUAUGUGCGGGGUUGCACGCGACCUUGUGGCCCAUGGCGCGGAUACCCUGGCGCUGGGGUGUGCGGGAAUGACGAAUAUGAAAGUUGCCGUUGAGAAGGCAGUGGGGGGUCAUGUGCAGGUCGUCGAUGGCGUGCUGGCGGGUGUACAGCAUCUUGCUGGGUUGUGUAGAUUUGGGUCAAGAACAGCGAAACAAGGCAUGUAUGCCAGUUCUUCUGCAGAUCGGCGGCUCAGAGGUCAGGAUUGGUAUUAGAUGUUAGAUGGUGGGAGUGAUGAGUUUGUAUACUAGACGUUCUUUUCUUUUUUUUUUUUUUUUUGAAUUCUUUGGGCCUUGUGUCAAAGUUAAGAACAAGAAAAGAUAGCUGGAUUG